CUUCGGGCACCAUGGAUGGCGGAUCACCUCAUGCCCAGUCACUGGGAGAGACACGCGCAGCUGCUGUGGGGUUGGCACCAGGAGCUCAAGGUGGGACUGAAGCGACUGCAGAGUCACUGCAAUCCCUCAGGGUUUCACACUUACCAGAGGAUGAUUGGCUGUGAUUCGGGAAGCACUGAGGGAUUUCUGCAGUGUGCGUGUGAAGGGCAGGAUUUCAUUAUUUUCGGCAAAGACACGCCAUCCUGGACAGCUGUGGAUAAUGAGGCUGACGUCACCGAGGGGGUGUGGGAGGCCGAUCAGCAGGCAUUACAGUAUCAGAAGAACUGGCUAGAAGAAGCAUGCGUUGCCUGGUUAAAGGGAUUCCUGGAGUCCGGGAAAGACACCCUACAAAGCACAGAAAUUCCCGUGGUCAGGAUGAAAAAUGGGGAAGAAAUGAUCCAAGAAAUGGAUUAUGGAGACAUUCCUCCCAGCAGGGACGGGACCUAUCAGACAUGGAUAUCUGUGGACCCAGAUCCUCAGAGCAGUGACCUUUCCUCCUGUCACGAGGAGCACUGUGAUGUCCAAAUGGUCCUGCAGGUCCCUCAGGAGUCGGAAACUAUCCCUCUGGUGAUGAAAGCUGUCUCCGGGUGCCUCGUCCUCGCCAUGGCGCUGGCUGGAGUUGGCCUCCUGGGCUGGAGAAGAGGGUAAGGGGGAGAAGGUAGAAGGCCUAUGGCAGGGAUUCUGCACCCGCCGCUCUGCUCUCCACUUAUGAACGAGUCGGGCCUUACACUGUGAUCACAGCAGGACCCGGGACAC